CAAUGCGGCCGCUGGUACGUGCUCAGCUAAGGAAAAUAUCGCGUGCGCUGGACAUAAACGAUAAAUAUCAAUUUCUAAAUGCGACUCUUUGAAUUGUGAUUGAGUUAUGUGUGAAAAAAUGACACCUGGAACACCUUCAAGUUCGGGUAGUGACACGUCAAAACCGCCCUUACGUGGGGCUGAAGAACGGCUGAUGGUCGCAGUGAGGAUACGGCCCUUGAAGCCGGAUGAAUCUACAAGAGUACUGCAUGCUGUGAAUAAGAAGAGUAUCGUUCUGGAGGAGACAGAUAAAAUGGAUGUUUUGAGACAGAAGAGAGGUGUUGAUAAGCAGUAUUCCUUCGAUGUGGUUUUCGGAGAAGACUCGACCCAAGAAGAGGUUUACGAAGUCACUACAAGUAACCUCCUCAAAGACGUGCUGAAAGGGUAUAAUGGAACAGUUUUCGCUUAUGGACCAACUGGAGCAGGCAAAACUCAUACCAUGGUCGGAGAUAGAUCUCAGCCUGGUAUCAUGAUCCGAGCACUGAACGAUUUAUUCGAAGCUGUGAAAGAUAAAGAAGAUGAAUAUUCGGUUACAAUGUCAUAUUUGGAAAUUUACAACGAACAAAUCAGAGAUUUACUAAAUCCCCAGUCUGGUUACUUAGAGUUGAGAGAAGACUCCAAAGGAAGGAAUAUUCAAGUGGCAGGUCUUUCAGAAAUCUCGACUACCUCGACUGAUGAAGUGAUGCUCCUACUCCACAGAGGAAAUAAAGCCAGAACCGUAGAACCCACAGCAAUGAACAAAACUUCAUCUAGAAGUCACGCUCUUCUUAGCGUCACGGUUCGCCAUUCCAUUCCUGUGGACAAGGAGGAUCAUCUACGGAUGAGAGUGAAGAAAGGUCGCCUCUUCAUGAUCGACUUGGCAGGUUCUGAGAGAGCGAACAAGACAAAGAAUAGAGGGAAGAGGUUGCAAGAGGGUGCUCAUAUAAAUAGGUCUCUCUUGGCUCUUGGGAACUGCAUCAAUGCAUUGAGUGGAGGUGCAAGAUAUGUAAACUACAGAGAUUCAAAACUGACCAGACUUCUGAAAGAAGCCUUGAGUGGAAAUUGCAAAACUGUUAUGAUCGCCCACGUUUCACCUAGUGCUGCCCAGAAAGAUGAAUCGAGGAAUACUCUUAUUUACGCCGAUAGAGCUAAUAACAUUACCAACAAAAUAGAAAGGAAUGUCUUGGAUGUUUCUUAUCAUGUCACCCAGUACCAAACAGUGAUCACUGAGUUACGUGAUGAAAUAUCCCGACUACAGAAUAAAAUGAAGGAAGAAAGACCAAGAUCGGCGGAUAUCAACAGGAUGAAUGCCGAACAAAGGAGUAAUGAGGUGAAAAAACUCAGAGAACAAAUUGUUGAGACUUUCAAAACGCAGAUGAAGCUGAGGAGGAAAUUAAUGGAAAUCGAUUCUCAUCUAUUGGGAUUGGGCAUGGAAUCCGAGAGGCAGCAUGUGAUAAUUUCCCACUGGGAAUCUAGAAAUAACAAGCUCUACAAAAAUAGUAUUAACGAGUCUAGAGCACGAACUCAGCAGAAUAUGAGGAGACGAAAUAUCUACACCUCCGAUGGAUUUAGAUCUGCUGGUAAUGAACAAGAUGAUUCUGUAGAUGCAGAUGUAGAAAUGGAAGGAGAAGUUGCUGUCCAACAAGCUUGGGGAGAAUUGGCUGAUAUCGAAAGAGAACAGGAUAGAUGGUCAGAGCUUCGAACUCAUAUUGAGCAGAAGCUGGAAGUUUGCAGACAGCGGGGUGUUGCAUUGGAAGAUAAACUCCCAUCUUUGUUGUCUUCAGAUGACGAGAGGGAGAUCCUAGCCCUCAUGUGUAGGGUACAUGAAUUAGAAGCCGAUAAAAUGGCACUUCAAUCUGAAAGACUGGUCAGGCAACAUGAACUGAAAAGGAGAGAUCUAUUGAUUCUGCGAUAUGAUCGGCAGCGACAAAUUUGUGAGGAGAUAAUCACUAGACAGCGACAACUGAUUGAAGAAGGAAAACUCAAAUUGCCGUCAGAUUUACAGGAGCUUUAUCAAAUGUAUCAACAAGAGAUCCAUGCUGCUACAUAUACAGACUUUGGACUACCAGAUGCUCUGCUCACACCUGAUAAGUUGCCGCCCAUCAGCAAAGUGUACAGUGAUCCGAUUUUUAGGCGACAGCCUACCACAGAUUUGAGUGGAAGUGACGCAAGCGCUCCUUCGCCCCCCUCUUCAGCGGAAUCCGGCGAAGAUCUUUUACCAAAUACCAGCACUUCCUCUAUCGAUAGGGUGAUGGGUCAUCCUAUAACCAGACCAGGUUUGGUGAUGAAACUUCCUCCCCUUCCUCCCAGUCCACCGGUUAGACUGGGAAAAACAACUUCUAGUUUGAUGAGAAGGACCACCAGCGAAAAUUACGUGAACAGGCAGGAAUCGGACUCUUGA